AUGGCGAACGCGGAGCCGGAGGCUGAGGAGGGCAGUGAGGAUGGUAGCGGCUGCCGGGCUCCCCUCAGCCAGAGAGGCAACACUGCACGCGUGGCCCCGCUCGACCCCGAACAGCUGCGGCGGGUCCUGGAACAGGUGUCCAAGGCGCAUUCUCCCGCCAAGUCCCCGCUGCCGCCGCCGCCACCACCACCACCCUUCGUGCUGCAGGACGCGGCGAGGCGGCUUCGGGACGCGGCUCAGCAGGCCGCCCUGCAGCGAGGCCCCGGCGCCGAGCUUCCUCGCCCGCCGCGCCUGCUGCCACCCCAGCAACUGGAAGCCAUCCGCGUCAAGGUCACAUCUGGAGACACGGCAGGGCAGGAGAGGCCGCUGCCCCCACUGGCCACCGUCCAGCCCAGAACAUGGAGGCCAAGUCCUCUGGCAGCGAGGAGUCCCAGCCUCGCUGGUCCUCAGCUUCUCAGGGCCCAGCCGCUGCUAAAAACUGGGCCACAGCCAUGUCACCUGAGCAGCUCACCUCAGCCACCCGUCCAGGUGUUUGUGCAGAGACCCCUGCCCGCCCUCAGUGCAAUCUCCGUGAAGAGAGUCACAGUCCCCAAAGCUCCUAGCGGAGAGGCAGCCGGAGCCUCUCAGCCGGCCUUACCAUCUAUUUCGCCUGGUUCAGCCAAUGCGUCUGUUUCCGACUUGCACAUAAAACAGACUGAGAAAAUCAGAAAGUCGUUAGAAGUGAAAACCCGCUCUGGCCGGAUCUCUCGACCUCCCAAGUAUAAAGCCAAAGACUACAGGUUCAUCAAGACGGAGGAUCUGGCCGAUGGCCACCCGUCAGACUCCGAUGACUACUCCGAGCUCAAUGUGGAGGAAGAUGAAGAGCAGAGGGGGAAGGGGGCGCUCUUCGACACCUCGCCUUGCUCUCUGCGCCCUAAAACCUUCAAGUGUCAGACCUGUGAGAAGUCCUACAUAGGGAGGGGGGGGCUGGCCCGCCACUUCAAACUUAACCCAGGCCACGGGCAGCUGCAGACUGCGGAGCUGCUGCCGGAAAGAGCCCGUGGGCACAGCCUUCAGGGACACACAGAGGAUGGGACCACCAGCCCAGUCCCCCCGGAGCUAUCCACUCCCUCUAUCCGAAGUGAGGAGCGCGCUCUGCAGACCCUGCUUUUGCUGUUGAGUGUUUAUGAGAUCAAUGUGGUGGCCCCUGUGUUCAACAGUGUCAGCCUGGUAAACCAGAGGUCACCCAACAGCUGUCAGUGCUUAAAGCUCACGUCCUGGGGCUUUGGAGCUCCCUCAGCCACCUCUGCCACAGCAGGCUCCCUGUCCUGGACCAGCCUGGUCAAGGCACCUCUGACUGCCCAGGUGACCAGAGGCAUUGUGACUGCCCUCUCCUUCACUCCCCUCCUGGUGCCCACGCUCUCUCAGCCUUCAGGACACGUGUUGACUGUCAAGAAACUUGGGGUGUUCAGAGAUGUCAAACACCUUCUCUUGGUGGUUCCCCAGCAGUGUGGCAGGGAGGAAGUGACAGAAGUGGCCCCCCCUGAGCUGACUCCAGUUGUGACAGUGUAUGAAUUUCUCCUGAUGAAGGUUGCACGAAGCCGGCUAGCAAAGCCUUUGUUCCCAGCCGUGUACAAGGAGUUUGAAGAGUUGCAUACGAUGGUGAAGAAGCUAUGUCAGGAUUACCUCAGGAGUGCCAGCCACAGCUCUCUGGAGCCCCUGGAAAUCCACAACACUAAGGUUGCUGAGUCACUGGGGAUCACUGAAGAGCUCCUGAGGGAAAGAGAAGUACGCCUGGACAGUCUUCCAGGGAGGUGCGGCGGCCACGAGGCGGACAGGGCAGAGGCUGGAAGACGGAAGCGGGAAGGCGAGACCCCAGACGAGCUGCUGGUGUCGGUGAAGAGGACCAGAAGAGAGACCGUGCCCCAGGAUGCCACAGAGCCUCUGGCUGUUCCCAACGGAAGCCAGGAGAGGCCCAGGACCAUGUGUGUGCCAGCUGUCCAGGAGGCAAUCUGUUGUAACCUUCAAGUCAACGGACACGCAUCCUAUCCAGGUCCUGUCAGCGGGGACAGCCUGCGCCUUGUCGGCCAGCUGUGCGGCACGUUGGCUGACGUAGGUGGCCACAGUGGGUCAGCAGACUCGAUGCCACUGCCCCAGGGUGCCAUCGGGCUGGCCCAGGACACUCAGGAACAUUCAGGCCAGCACGCUGGGGGCCGCCUGCUCUGUCCUAGUCUCGACAGCAGCUCGGUGUCCAGUGGAGGGCCUGGGGCCCUGCUGCUGGGUGGAGUCCAGAAUGCAGGGGCCAGCCCCAGCCCCAUCACCCUCACGGAUGUCCCUGCGUUGUUCCCGGAGGCCGAGCCUGCAGACCAGGCCUCGAAGACUGCUGCCGAGCCAGGGCUGCCACCCGACCUAGACAAGCUGCCGGCAGCUUCCAGGGGUCUCGGCAGCCACAUGGGGGGCUGUGGGCUGGAGGAGCAUGCUGAGCAGACGGAGCUGGAGAACAUUGUUGCUGUAGGGGAGACCCUGGCUUUGGAGAUUGCCAGCGGGGGCCACCAGCUGUUUCCUCAGGGGCAGGAGCAGAUUUUUAUUCCAACUGCCAACGGGCUUGUCUUGUCCCACCCAGGGACACUGGUGACUGGGGAGGAGGAUGUUGUCAUAGUGACCACAGUAGAAGGGCCUGCCCUGCAGGCGGGCCUUCCUGUGGAAGUCUUCCUGGCAGAGGGGGGCGAGUCCUGUCCCUGA